ACAGAUAGAAAAUUUAAAAGUUUAAACGUUCUUUUAGAUAUAUUACUUCUGAUGCGUGAGUUUACCAACAAUCAUUUAAGAACUGUUUAAACAACUUAGAUUACAUUUAUAAAAACCAUGACUUAAGACUUCAUUCAACUCAAUUUUCUGUUUGAUCUAUUUUGAAACGCUCGACAAUGCCUGAAAAUCCGAUCAAGGUUAACUUUGAUCUCGAAAAAACAGUCACGACCUCGCUAGUGACUACUGAUGGCGAUUCAAAAGGAUUUGACCCGAACAAAACCGAAGAUUCGUUCGGAGGUGGAAAUCGGACGGCGCUGCAGUCGCGAGACACUGGACUGGGCGACAGCAUCUACCCGAGUACGGCUCAGUCUAGGCUGAGCGUGUCGGUUGAUGGAGACGCGAUGUUGGGUCGAAGGGGCUCGAAGCGACUCAGCGCCUACAGUGUGUCGAGCGAAAUGCUAAAAAAAGUCCAAGCAAAUGCGCAUGUGAAGUUUGCAGAUGGAAUGAAGAAGAUGAGGUUCUUUGUGAGGGCAUACCAGGCCAUCAAGAGCUCCAAAGACGACUCCAAAAAGAGCCACUUGGACUUGGGUGAAUUGGCGGCUCUUCUGAAGGGGGCUCAGGUGGACCAGAUGGAACCCCUGCAGGACGAGGACGAGGAGCAGGAUGAGAUGAAGGUGUUCAAGACAUUCAACCCCAGACAGUACACAUUUAACGCAGAGUACAUGUGGCCUUACGUGGGUCUGGAACCUGUCUGGAGGAAGCCACACGAGAGAGGCAUCCGGGACAUCCGCAUCAUCCGGGGUCUGAUGAGGGGUCUGCACACCUACCGGAAACUUCCCCGUCUCAACCAGGAGAGAGUGGCCAGAGUUGUGCGUCUGGAGAGGUGCACUCGGGGGAGGACGAUCACGAGGAAAGGUCACGUGCCCGAGAAUUUCUUCUUCAUCUACGCGGGCAAAGUGAACGUGUCCUGCUUCGAGGACGAGGAGAGUGUCUACGAGGCCUCUCAAGUGGUCGCUCAACUCCACAAGGGCGACUGGUUUGGGGGAAUGUCCAUCUCGCGGGAGACAGGUAGGGAGCUGACGGUGGUGGCGAUGGAGGACUGUGAGUUCCUGGUGGUGGAUGGGGAGGACUUCCCGGACACUGGACUGCAGCCACUCAUCCUCCAACAACUCAACACCAAACUCCAACACCUCAGGAACCACCCCUUUUUGUCUUCUUUGGACGAUGAAACAAUUGAGGCACUUCUAGUGGAGACUAAAUUGCUGGAGGCAGCUCACGACUCCGUGAUUGUGAGAGACUCCCAGAAGUGCAACCACAUUUACCUUGUCUGCCAGGGAUUUUGUGGCGUUUUUCGAUGGAUGAGCUCCAAACUUCUCAGCGACCCGAUUGAGUUCGGAACCAUGCAGAAAUCAGUCCGAGCUGACGCAGUAGACACGCCAAGGAGCUGGAGCGCGAAACCUCCGAAAGCGAAAACAAAAUCCUCUACUCCGCGUCGUGAGAGUUUGAUGACUUCAUCUAGUGACAAUAUCCUGAGGAAGGAGUUGGCGCACAUAAAAGAGAGUGUGGGGAAACUGUCAAUUGAGUACUUAACCUUCCCCCAAGUGAAUGUUACUCGACAGGAGCAGUUCGAGUACUGGCAGAAAAGUCGAAACGACAGAGAUGUGAACAGAGAAAAGCGUUCGGCAAAUUACAAGAAAGAUAAUGGCAACUUCGUCAAGCUGGAAACAAUCGGAGCCGGUGAAAGCUUCGGUCUUCCGGAAGACUUGCCGACUAUGCCCUCGAUGCAGUUGAUCAGCUGCAAGUCAGUCCUCAUUGAGAUCCCACUAUCCACCUUCAACCGCUACUUGAGACCCAAAGUGGGUCCCCUCAUUUCCAAGUCGUUCCUCCCCUUCCACGCCCUGUGUGAGUCAUCAACCGACAAGUUCAACCGACUCAACUGCUGGGAGAGUGUCAAGAGAAGUUUAACGGAUGACGUCAGAGCCCAGCGUUUCACACCUCAGAUGGACCCCUACGACAUCUAUUUUCUAGAGGGGGGAGCCCCACCCACGGUACACGCACCCUCAGUCAAAUACUCCCACUCAGCCAGACAGGUCCACUUCUUCAGACCCAGACACAGUCUAACCAACCUGGACAGACUGAAACUGCCCUCAAUUCACAGAUCAGCUUCAAAUUCGCGACCUGCAACUAAUCACACACUGCGGUCGGUGAGAACAGCCUCGACCAGACCUGUGUCCAGGGCACCCGCCUCCUACGCCGUCAGGAACUCCAGAAUACGAUAACAGUCGAUCACACUUCACAGUCGCAUGUCUUCCAACACUUCGCAAUAAAAAUCAUUUCGGAAAUUGCGUUAUUAUAUAAUACUAGAUACAAUUUGAAUUCACAUGUAAGCCUCAACAAAAAACGGUUUAUUUUCAAAUUUUCUUGUUAAUUUCUGCAAUUUUUAUCAAACACAAAAAGAUAACUGGGUUUUAGCAAGGAUUCGAACCUCAGGCGGUCCAAAGAGUCCCUCCCCCUUUUGGUAUUAUUUUAAGACAUCCUUUUUUUGCCUGACCCACCCAAAAGUUGUUUUAGGCGCAUUGGGCGCCAAUCAGUGAUGUCCAUUUAAAAAAAACAAUUUAAAUUAAUUUAAAAUGUCAUUUAAAAUUCAAUUUAUUUAAAUGUGAACUUAUGAGCCCACUCAACUUAAAUGAAAAAUUUCAAUUUAAAUCGAGCAAUUUAAAUUGAAAAUCAUUUCAAUUGCUACGGCGGUAUCCGAUCUGACUCCAAAGUACAGAGUUUACUCAUGAUAAUUAAUUUCACAUUACACAGUUCCGCGGAAAGCAAACUAUCUAGCAAAUAGAUAUGCCCAAAAAAUUGCUUAGGAAUUCUUUUCACAAAAUUGCGAAAAGUCCCCAAAAUUGACAGAAAAGCAGCUAAAAAAGCAA